CUUAAAAUCGAACUCUUUGAACAAAAUCAACUUCAGUCACCGUCUGAUCGUGCAAUUAUCGAAUCCAAAAAGCAAUUGCCUCCGCGCAAAAAUUAUCAAAGACUGAUGUCCAUCGAAUAUUUUCCUUAUCUCGCUGUAACAGCCACUAAAUUAAGUCACAAUUGAUUUUGUCAAUAAGUUCCUGUCUCAACAUUUUGGAGAGCAGUAUUUAAGCUAAUAAUAUUUUUAGGUUAUGUUAAGCGUUUUGAGUGAUGAAAUUAUUUAAAAAACAUUAGAACAUUUUUUUCGUAAACAAAUUAAGUGAAACCAGUGAAAGAGAAAUAAAUUUGAGGUUAGAAAAAUGAAUCAAACGCCACAAACAGAAACUAUGGAUCAGACAAUUGUUUACAUUUAUCGGGAAAUGAUCGAGCCAUUUGUGCCCGAGUUUAUCACAAAUAUAGGUUAUGUGCCGUGGAUGUUUUCGUUAAUUGGAUCGGCAUUAGUUGGAUUAGCUGGCAUCUUGCCGUUGCUCGUAAUUCCCGUCGAUGUUGAUGGGGGUGUCAAAGAGAGUGACAUCAAGGAUAAAGAUCCUGCAAAUUCCAAAACACUCAAAAUUCUCUUAAGUUUUGCUGUUGGCGGAUUAUUGGGAGACGUUUUCUUGCAUUUAUUGCCCGAAGCAUGGGAGGGCGAUCAGAAAAAUGGCGUCACAGAUCAUUCAGGUCAUCAACAUCCCUCAAUGCGCAGCGGAAUGUGGGUUCUUGGCGGCGUGCUUCUCUUCACAAUUGUCGAAAAAAUUUUCUCGGGCUACGUGAAUGCCGACGAAAAUAAUCCGCAGCCAAAAUGUGUCGAAAUUGCGAAUUGCUUGCUUCGGCGAUCCAAAGAAACCGGCGAAGAAGUUCCCGAAGGAGCUACUUGUUGUGCGACAAAUGGCGGAGAUAUUGAGGAUAUUAGCAAACAAUGUUUCUUGGCGCAUGCCAAUAACAACAAAGCCACGAAGGAGCAGGCAUCCAAAAAGGUCACUGGUUACUUGAAUUUACUCGCAAACAGCAUUGACAACUUUACGCAUGGACUUGCAGUGGCAAGUUCGUUCCUUAUUUCGUUUCGACACGGAGCGCUUGCGACGUUUGCCAUUUUGUUACACGAAAUCCCCCACGAAGUCGGCGACUUUGCCAUCCUCCUCCGAUCCGGCUUUUCGCGAUGGGAUGCUGCACGUGCACAACUCCUAACCGCCGGCGCUGGCCUCCUCGGAGCAUUGGCAGCAAUUUUCGGCUCAAGCGUCACAUCUGCCAUGGAAGCGCGCACCUCUUGGGUCAUGCCAUUUACUGCGGGCGGCUUUUUGCACAUUGCCCUCGUCACGGUAUUACCCGACUUGCUAAAAGAGGACGACCCAAAGGAGUCUGUGAAGCAAUUUGUCGCUCUUAUUACGGGAAUUUCGCUGAUGGCUUUCAUGACGGUUGCCUUAGAGCACUAAAAAUAUCCCGACUAGUCUUUAAUUUUUUCUUUUUUCCGAACGAGUCAAAUUAAAAAAAAGUGUCGAAAAAAUCUAAAUACGUAAAAAAAAUUUUUUUUUUGUUACAAAAUUUAUUUAAUAAGUUUAAAAAUCUGUCUCUCUCUCUAGAGUCAGUGUCACUCUGAUAUUUAGACAAGUAAAAAUAUUUAACUAUUAAUAAUAUUAUAUUAAAAUUAUGGAAAUUAUUGUAUGUACAACAGUUACAGUUAACCGCAGACAGAGAAAAAUGCUCCAAAAAAAUUACUUUUCGAUAUUCUUUCUUAUUUUUUUCACGAUUUUCGAUUAAAAAACCAAAAAAAUUAGCAAAAAAAACAUGAAUGUGAUACCUGGUGAAACAAGCUGUUUGUAUAAUUCUCGUUAAGAUGACGUACUUGUACAAAUAUUUUAUAAGAUUUUAAAGUUAAAAAGAUAAAAACUAAAAAAAU